AAUAUGGAUGAGACAAAAACCACGUGCGAUUAUUGCAAUUGUGACGUUUGUGACAAAGUGCGAUCUGAUCUUGAAAAAAUAUUCCGUGUUCUAGAUAUUUAUGGCUGGCUAUUGGAUUCAUACAUAGUGGACUUCUUUUUAGAAGAUUUAUGGAACAAAUUGCCUGGAGAAUGGCAAAAUACAUUAGAUGUUGUAAGUCCUCAAGAAUUGGGGAAAUGGAUUUUAGGAGAAGCUUGCGAAAGAGUUUGGCCUUUGUCUUUAAUGGCUCUAAGAGAAGUUAUUCGUAGUUUAGUAAUUAAUAGGAAUCAUAAUGAAGGUGAAGCUAUUAAAUGCAAGAAGCGAAGUAGCGAAGGAAAAUCUUUUAAUUCCCUAGAAGAAUUAGAUUCAGUUAAUUCCAAUUUAUAUGUCAAUGACUCCAAAUUCAAUAACCUUUUUAUAAAACACGUGAAGACAAAAAAGCGGUACGAAAUAGAGAAAAUGUCACAGAUUUUAGGAGAUUGUGCCUUAAAAGCAAAUUGCAAAUGCGUUGUUGAUAUUGGUGCUGGAAUGGGUCAUUUAGCUCGUGUACUUGCCUUUAAAUAUGGAUUUUCUGUAACUUGUGUUGAACAGGAUCCAUUAUUAACAGCACAAGCAAAAAAGUGUGAUGAACAAUUUCUCACAUCUUUACGAAAGUAUAAUCCUAAUUGUAAUGGAAAAUUACAGCACGUUUCAAUGACUGUGAAUGUUAAUGAUUCUGGAGAAGAAGUUGUGAAUUAUUUAACAAAAAGCUUUGAAAGUGAACAAACUUUAAUAACCAAAAGAAAAGAAUUGGGUUUAGUUGGAUUACAUCCUUGUGGUGAUUUAGCUACCACUUUAUUGAGAUUAUACUCAAACUGUGCCGAAGCAAAGUUCAUUUGCAUUGUGGGAUGUUGUUACAUGAAACUCACACGUAGUGGCGAUAAAUUUGCACUGAAAGGGUAUCCAAUGAGUCAAUACGUUUCAACUCUAGACAAUAAUGAAAUAUCUUUUAAUGCGCUCGAGGUUUCUUGUCAUGCUAUGGAAAAGCAUUGUGAUAAAUUAAAAGAGGAGAGAUUCAGCGACUUGAUUGUGCACACAUACAGAGCAGCUUUAGAAUACAUGUUGGUUCAAAAAAGCUCCAAGCUUCGGCGCAUACAAGUGAAUAGUGUAAAAGUAAAAAAUGGCAUGUGUUUUGAACAAUACUGCAAAGCUGCAGUAGCAAAUUUGGAACCGCAUAAACAACCUGAAGAUUUUUACUAUACACAACCGAAAAUAAUACAAUUUUUAAGUGAAUGGAAUAGAGUUUUAGUUUUCGGUUCACUUCGGCUAAUGCUAGCACCAUUAGUCGAAACUUGUGUUCUACUUGACAGAUUUUUGUUUCUUUCCGAAAAAAAAUUGGGUCCUUCUUUAAAAGCGGAAUUCGACUGCAGAGUUUCGCCCAGAAAUUUUGUAUUAAUAUCGUCUAAGUAGGAAGGUACUUAUGAAAUUAAUAUUUUUGUA